GGAAAAUACAAGGAACCAUACAGGAUUUUGAAUUUCCAAAGGAGCCCUUAAGGAUCCUAGGAGUUCCUAUGGCGAUGUGGCAGACCUUCUUGACGAGGUCCUCGGUCUCACUCUCGUCUAGAGAGGCCUUAGUUUAAUCACCGAGCAUGCAUAUAAGCUGCCGGCGUCGACGAUCGAUUCGAUGCCCAUUUUGACUGUGCUGUAGAAAUUUCUAACCACGUCGAUCCUCAAGCUAGAAAACUCGUGAGCUGGCACUUAAUAAUUGCAUGCAUGACGCAAGCAAUGAUGCAAACUUCACUUGAACAUACCAGACCAUGCGUUAUCAACAGUCUUCGUCGUGUUCUGCAGAGAGACUACAAAAGCUGACGACGAUCGCCGAUCCAAGGAGAACACAACUGAGCCGCGCAAGCACUCCACUCCAAGCUCUCACCGUCACGCGGCGCCAUGGGAAGCCUCCCGGAGCGGAAGCCGGCGUGCACGGCGCGGCCGCGCGUGGUGCUCCUGUGCAGCCCGUGCAUGGGCCACCUCAUCCCCUUCGCGGAGCUCGCGCGCCGCCUCGUGUCCGACCACGGCCUCGCCGCCACGCUCCUCUUCGCGUCGGCCACGUCCCCGCCCUCGGAGCAGUACCUUGCCGUGGCCGCCGCCCUCCCCGACGCCGUCGACCUCGUCGCGCUCCCCCCGCCGCCGCCUGACUUGCUCCCCUCCUCCGCGCCCGAGCGCGCGCGCGUCGAGCUCGCCGUCGCCUCCAACCUCCCGCGCGUCCGGGAGCUCGCGCGGGAGCUGGCCGCGGACGCGCCCCUCGCCGCGCUCGUCGUGGACAUGGUCGGCGUUCCGGCGCGCGGCGUCGCGGCGGAGAUGGGCGUCCCGUUCUACAUGUUCUUCACCUCGCCGUGGAUGACGCUGUCCCUGUUCCUGCACCUCCCCGGGAUCGACGCGGCGCGCGCCGGGGAGCACCGGGACGCCACGGAGCCCAUCCGGCUUCCUGGCUGCGUGCCGAUCCACGCUCACGAGCUGCCGGCAUCCAUGCUCGCCGACCGGAGCAGCGACACGUACGCCGGGUUCUUGUCCAUGGCCAAGGCUGUCAAGGGAGUCGAUGGCAUUCUCGUGAACACGUCCCGCGACAUUGAGCCCGCGGUGGGCGAGGGUCUGGGCGGUCUGGAGCUACCGGUUCACCCGGUCGGACCAUUGGUCUGGACCAGACCGGUUGGCGUGGAUAGGGACCAUGACUGCAUGAGAUGGCUGGACCGGCAGCCACGUAGAUCCGUGGUCUAUGUGUCAUUUGGCAGCGGUGGCACCCUUACAUGGCAGCAGACGGCUGAGCUGGCGCGUGGACUGGAGCUUGGUCAGUGUAGGUUCAUUUGGGCUGUCAAGAGACCACAUCAAAGUUCAACAAUUGGAGCAUUCUUCGGGACUCAAAAAGGUGAGGACAUUUCAUUAGAUUUUUUGCCUGAGGGGUUUAUGGAGAGAACUAGAGGGAUGGGGUUCGUAACCCAGUCUUGGACCCCACAAACAGCUAUACUAGGGCAUCCAUCCGUCGGGUGCUUUGUGACGCACUGUGGGUGGAACUCAAUAUUGGAGAGCGUUACGAAUGGUGUGCCCAUGAUAGCGUGGCCACUUUAUGCGGAGCAAAAUAUGAAUGCGGCAAUGUUGGAGGUCCAGGUCGGAGUGGCAGUCCGGGCCAAGGUUGGAGUUGAUCGAUUUACAAGCAAAGAGGAGGUUGUGAGUGCAAUUCAACGUGUGAUAGUAGGGAAGGAAGCUGAAAGAAUGAGGAAGCGGGCAAGUGAGCUUAAAGACAAAGUAGUGCAUGCUUUGAGCAAGGAUGGUUGCUCAACUCGUACUUUAGCACAAAUUGCAAAAUCGUGGAAAUGCAUUAAUAGAAAAUGAACACAGUUAAGGGAUUAUUUUGUAUUCCUGUUAUUGGUUAUGUUUUCGCUCGAUGAUGUGUAUCUUAUUGAAAUCAAGCUACAUCAUAUUUUGGAGAAUACUGCAAAAAAAUGAGUAGUCUCAAUUCUGAGUCAU